AUGACUUGGGGAGUAGGUGGCAUCUAUGAAGUGCAAGAUAGAAUCUUAUUCCAUGAAUUCUUAGCCUAAAAAGGAGCCCCAAUCCCAUACAAAGCUAAGGAUGGUGAAACAGUCUUCGAUUACUAUAUCUACUUAGAUGAAAGAGGUACUUGUGAAUGGAAACUCAUAUCACCAGAAGAAUGGAAGGCCCCAGAUAAAUUCUAAUUCUCACAAUUACUCAUGCCCACUGUAGAUUCAUUCAGAGCUGAAAUGAUCUUAUCAUACAUUCUUAAUCAACCAAAGGCAUCACCAUAACCACCUGUCAGUUGCAGUUAUGUUAUCUUAGUCGGAGGUAGUGGUACAGCCAAAACAUCAAGUGUUCUUAUGUAUGCCAACAAAUUCAACAAAGAAAAGAUGUUGUUCAAGAGAAUCAACUUUUCAUCUGCUACUCUACCUAGUCACUUCUAAGCUGCCAUUGAAGCUGAAUGUGAUUUCAAAAUAGGUAAAGAUUUUGCUCCUCCUCAAAAUAAAAACAUGACUGUAUUCAUUGAUGAUCUUUCAAUGCCUUUUGUAAAUAAGUGGGGAGAUUAAGUCACAUUGGAAAUAGUUAGACAACUGAUCGAUUAGGGUGGUUUCUAUAUGUUAGACAAAGCCUAAAGAGGUAAUUUCAGAGGUAUCAAGAACCUUACAUACAUCGGAGCUAUGUAACAUCCAGGAGGUGGUAGAAAUGAUAUUCCCAACAGAUUGAAGAGACAAGCAGUCAUUUUCAAUAUGAUUUUGCCACUCUCAGUUGAAGGCAUUUAUGGUCCAAUCAUCAAACAUUAAUUCAAGGCUAAAUAUUUCUCCGCUGAUGUCAAUAGAGCUAUUGAUACAUUAACUGGUGCAACCAUUUAAAUUUGGAAUAAGGUCAAAGCAACUAUGUUACCAACACCUGCUAAAUUCCAUUACGUGUUCAACAUGAGAGAUUUAUCUCGUGUCUUCAAGGGUAUCCUAUCAGUCAGAAAGGAAACAAUAAACACUGCUGCUUAAGUUGGACCCAUGAAAUCUGAUGUAUUUUUAGUUGGAUUAUGGAUGCAUGAAUGUGAAAGAGUCUUUGUCGAUAAAAUGACUAAUCAAAAAGAUAAGGAUCAAGUAUGUAAUUACAUUAAGGAUAUUGCUUUGGAUCUCUAUAAUCAUCUAGAUAGUGAAAUCUAGGAUAAAUUCAGCAAGGAGAAGUUAUUCUUAAUGUGUGAUUUCUUGAAGGAAGACAUAAAGAAUGAGGAUGGAUUAGUUGAAGUUGAAGCUGAAAAGAUUUAUGAGGGAGUUAACUCUAUUGAUAGAUUAAGAUUAAGAUGUAACACACUUUUACAAGAUUAUAAUGAUAAAUAUCCAGCAAAGAAGAUGAGUCUAGUGCUUUUCGAUGAUGCUAUCAAACAUUUGUUGCGUAUUUCAAGAUUGAUUAAAUAACCAAGAUCAAAUGCUUUAUUAGUAGGAGUUGGUGGUUCAGGUAAAUAAUCUUUGACAAGAUUGGCUGCUGAUAUCUUGAAGAAUGUGUGCUAUUAAAUUAUUUUGACUAAAAAUUUCAGUGAAAAAGACUUGAAAGAAGAAAUUAAGAAAUUGUUUGAUUGGGCUGGCCAUCUUGGUAAAUAGGUUACAUUCAUCUUGACAGAUAGUGAAGUAAAGAAGGAAGAAUUCUUAGAAUAUAUCAAUAUGAUCUUAUCAACAGGAGAAGUGGCUGGUUUAUUGGCUAAGGAUGAAAAGGAAGUUUGGUUGGCAGAUGUUAGAAAUGACUAUGUCAAAGAGAAAUAAUUGGGUAAUGUCGAUCCUCCUUAGAGUGACUUGUAUGCCUAUUUGGUUGAUAGAAUAAGAGAUAAUUUGCACAUUAUUUUGUGCUUCUCACCAGUAGGUUAGAAAUUCAGAGACAGAUCUCGUAAAUUCCCAGCCUUGUUCAAUGAAUGUACAAUCGAUUGGUUCUUGCCAUGGCCUGAAGCUGCAUUGGUUAGUGUUGCAGAAACCUUCAUUAAGAAUUUCAAAGAAUUAGAUACAACUAAUGAUAUCAAAGAAGAAUUGAUGAAACAUAUGGGUAAUGUUCAUAUUAUGGUUAACUCUGUUUGUGAGCUAUAUUUCCAAAAGAUGAGAAGACAAGUCUAUGUUACACCAAAGAGUUAUCUUUCUUAUUUGAAUUCUUAUAAGGAAUUGUACUUGAAAAAAUACGCUGAAUUAGAUCUUCAAGAGAAUUCAUACAAGAUUGGUUUGAAUAAGAUCAAUGAGGCAGCUAAAUAAAUAGAAAAGAUGGGUGUUGCUUUGAGAGAAGAAGAGGCUUAAUUGAAGGAAGCAUCUGAGAAGACUGAAAAGUUAUUAGAAGAUUUGGAGAAAGAAAGCAAGAAGGCCAAUUAAAAGAAUGAUGAAGUCGAGGCCACCACUGCUUAAUGUAUGAAAUAAGCAUAGAUGAUUGCCAGUGAGAAAUAGGCUGCUGAGAAGGAUUUGGCUGCUGCUAUGCCUGCACUUAUAAGAGCUUAAGAAGCCGUCGAUUCUUUAGAUAAGAAGGAUAUUGAUGAAAUGAAGGCCAUGAAAACUUUGAUGGACAUUAUGAAAGCCAUUAUUGAUUCUAUUGUUGUUUAUUUCAUGGGUAAGUUAUUGCCAGUUCAAUCAUUCUAAGUGAAAAUCAGUAAGAUAGAUUAUACAUUUUUGAAGGAUUCAUUUGAUGAAGGUGGUAAAUCAGUACUUUUUGAUAUGAACUUCUUGAACAAGUUAAAGGGAUUUGAGAAGGAUGGCAUUAAUGAAGAAACUAUCGAAUUGUUGUAACCAUACAUGUCAUAGGAAUGGUUUAGUGAAGAAAAGGCUUAGAGUGCUUCAAAGGCUGCUUAAGGUCUAUUGAAGUGGGUUAAGGCUAUUUAUGAAUAUCAUGAGAAAUCAAAGAUUGUUAAGCCCAAGAAGGUCUAUUUGUAAAUUUAAGAAGGUCGUCUUGAAGUAGCAAGAAAGGAAUUGGCAAAGGCUGAAAGAGAUUUAAAUGAAAUCAAGGAAUAUUUGGCUAAACUGAAGGAGACAUUCAACAAAUAAAUGGAAGAGAAAUCGUUUUUGGAACAAAAAUCGAAUAAAACUAAAAAGAGAAUUACUACAGCUAGAUAAUUGAUUGAAUCACUUUCAGAUGAAAAGACUAGAUGGGGAUAAGGAGCCACAGAGAUAGCUGAUCAGAAACGUAAAUUAAUUGGUAAUUGUUCAUUGGCUACAUCAUUUAUUUCUUAUUGUGGUCCAUUCAAUGCAGAAUAUAGAUAGUUAUUGGCAGGAGACUAUUUCGUAAAUGAUCAAAAGAGGAGAGGUGUUCCAGUUACACCAGGAUUGAAUUUGACAUAAUUUUUAGUCGAUGAUGCCACAGUUGGAGAAUGGAACUUAUAGGGAUUACCUAAAGACGAAUUGUCCAUUCAAAAUGGUAUCAUGGUUACAAAUUCUACCAGAUAUCCAUUGUUAAUUGAUCCAUAGGGACAAGGUAAUUUCUGGAUCAGAUAGAAGUUUGCUGACAAAAUUGAACCCUUCAGAUGUAUUACUACAUUGAAUCAUCCUAAAUUCAAAGAUAACUUCUUAAAACCAUGUAUGUAAGAUGGAUUAUGUUUGAUUAUUGAAAAUAUCGAAAAUGAAGUAGAUCCCAUGUUAGAUCCAGUGCUUGAGAAGUAAAUCUAAGUCAAAGCCAAGAAGAAUAAGUAUAUUGAAGUUGGAGGUACUCAAAUGGACUUUGAUGAUGGAUUUAAAUUGUUUAUGUUUUGUAGAUUAGCCAAUCCUACAUUCUCUCCAGAAUUAUCAGCCAAGACAACCAUUAUUGACUUUACUGUUACUCAAGGUGGUUUAGAAUAAUAAUUGUUGGGUAAGGUCAUCAGUAAGGAGUAAAAGGCCUUGGAAGAUUCUCUCAAUUAAUUAUUGGCAGAUGUCAACUAAAAUAAGAAGGAUCUAUAAAGAUUAGAUAAGAAUUUAUUAGAAAGAUUGACUCAAUCUUCUGGUAAUCUUUUGGAAGAUGAGGGUUUGAUUGAAGUGUUGGGAAGCACUAAGACUUAAGCCAAGGAAGUUUCUGUUAAAUUGUUGGAUGCUGAAGUCAAGACCAGAGAAAUUAAUGAGAAGAGAGAAUAAUAUAGACCAGUUGCAAUCAGAGGUUCAGCCUUAUAUUUCACAAUUUUGGAAGUGUCAUUAAUCAAUUGGAUGUAUAAUUCCUCUUUGGAACAAUUCUUGAAGUUAUUCAAUGAUUCGAUUGAUCAAUCUGAAAGAAAUACAUUACCCUCUAAAAGAGUAGAUAACAUCAUUAAAUAUCUCACUUUCCAUGUUUAUAAGUAUGUCAAUAGAGGUCUAUUUGAAAAGGAUAAGAUUUCAUUCAUUUUAAUGAUGUGUUUCAAAGUUAAAUAAACAGACAAAAAAAUUAAUGCAGGAGAUGUAUCAUAAUUCUUGAAGAGUGGUGCUGCUUUGGAUCCUAAAACUGAAAAAUAAAAGCCAUUCUAAUUCUUAGAUGAGAAAUAAUGGCUCAACAUUUUAGCUUUGUCUAGACAUCAUUUCAACGGAGAUCAAAUGGCAUUCUUUAGAGAUCUACCAGAAUCCAUUUCGAGAAAUGAACAAUAAUGGAGAUAAUGGAAUGAUAGAAAUGAUCCUGAGAAUUCACCAAUACCAGACUUUGCUGAACGUAUAGCAGCUGAUAAAGAAAUUGGUCCAUUCAUUUCUUUAUGUCUCGUAAGAUCACUUAAGGAAGAUAGAACCUUAGUUGCUGCUACUCAUUUUAUUAAUGCUACUCUUGGUAAAGAAUUUACUGCUCCUAUUUCAUAUCCUAUUGAUUCUAUUUGGGCAGAAAGUUCCAAAACAGAUCCAGUAUUAUUCUUGUUGUCUGCUGGUGCUGNGGAGAAUGGAACUUAUAGGGAUUACCUAAAGACGAAUUGUCCAUUCAAAAUGGUAUCAUGGUUACAAAUUCUACCAGAUAUCCAUUGUUAAUUGAUCCAUAGGGACAAGGUAAUUUCUGGAUCAGAUAGAAGUUUGCUGACAAAAUUGAACCCUUCAGAUGUAUUACUACAUUGAA